UUGUAUCUCCUUCGGCCCUGGUAAGUGUGUGUUAAACCAAAGCAAUUGGGGCAAAGCUCAAGGUAGCAGAAGCUACUGAUUUCCCGUCACCUGGUAUCUAUCAGCGAUCCCAGCCCCAGAUCUGACCCAUCUCAUUUGCCCUCACCACGUCUUGAGAAACUGGCAGCAUCUACUGAUCUCUGCAGCCAGCAUCCGGAUCAGCCCUGGAGCCCUGAGGCCUUGGAGAGGCAGAAAAGUUUUGAGAGCAAAAUGGCAACACCCAGAAAUUCAAUGAGCGGAACUUUCCCAGCAGAACCUAUGAAAGGCCCUGUGGCCAUGCAACCUGUUCAGAAAACAAGUAUCAGCAGGGCGUCUUUACAGACGGGAGUCACGCAAACGCGUCUUCAUGAGGAAUCUAAGGCUUUGGGGGCUGUCCAGAUCAUGAAUGGGCUCUUCCACAUUGCCCUGGGGGGAAUCCUGAUGGUCCCCAUGGGGAUGUACGCACCCAUCUGUGUCAUUGUCUGGUACCCCUCUUCUGGGGAGGCAUCAAUGUAUAUCAUUUCUGGAUCACUCCUGGCAGUGCGGAGAAAAACCCCAACUCCAUUUCAGGUCAAAGGGAAAAUGGUAAUGAACUCAUUGAGCCUCUUCACUGCCAUUUCUGGAAUAAUUUUUAUAAUCAUGGACAUAUUUAAUAUCACAAUGUCCCAUUUUUUUAAAAUGGAGAGUCCAAAUCUUAUUAGAACUGCUAUGCCAUAUAUUAACAUAUACAACUGUGAACCAUCUAUGCCCUUUGAGAAAAAUGCUACAUCAACAGAAUACUGUUACAACAUACGAUCUGUGUUCUUGGGCAUUUUGGCAGUGAUGCUGAUCUUCUCCUUCUUCCAGAAACUUGUGGCAGGUGGCAUUGCUGAGAAUGAUUGGAGAACCCUGUGCUCCAAACCCAAAGCUAAUAUUGUUCUACUAUCAGCUGAAGAUAAAAAAGAACAGGUGAUUGAAAUAAAGGAAGAAGUGGUUGAGCUAACCGAAACAUCUUCCCAACCAAAGAAUGAAGACGAUGUUGAAAUUAUUCCAGUCCAAGAAGAAGUAGAAGAAACAGAAAUAAACUUUCCAGAACCUCCUGAAGAGCAGGAGUCCUCACCAAUAGAAAAUGACAGCUCUCCUUAAACUAUAUUUCUGUUUUCUCUUUCCUUUUUUGGGCAUUAGUGCCCACAACUUCCAGGAAGGCAUAUCACCCCCAAGUCUUGGGGCACACUGCAUGUAUCAUCUGCGUCUCUCUCUAGCCUUUGCAUGGGGUGACCACAGCACGCUUCUGUCUCACAUUCAGAGAACGUAGCCACCUUGACAGUUGUGUUUUCUUGUUUCUUGUUUUGGGUAGCUUUCUUAUACACUUUUUUUUAAAGCCAAACGAGUGCUGCAGGAGGUGAAUGUCCACUAGCCUUUUUCUUGGAUAAGACUUUUUAGUGCAGUAGUUUUUGCUUCAUUUCUUCCCUCAGCAGCAGGGAGACUCAGCAUCUGAAGGAAAAGAUAAAUGACUUUCAUGCCAUCCCUAAACUCUCUUCAGUUCAUUCCUUCCACAUCCACAUUUGUGAUGGAGUCCCUUUUGCACCACUGUUUCAAAGGAAGUAAAAAUAAAUGAGAAUGAGGUGCCUAUUCCUUUAACUUAUCAUGGGGCUGAUACUGUGGCACUUUCUUAGUGCCUCCAUAUCUCAUUAGGGAAGCUCGAAGUAGCCAUUACCCAAACCUUUGUACAAAUAGCUUAUCGUAUACAUGUACAUGUCUCUCUCCCUCUCUUAAGUUUCCCUAACUCCUGGUUAUGGAAUUAGACUCUGGCUUAUAUUAACCACCUACUUCUAGUCUUUAGGCAAGAGAAGAAAAAAACGAGUGAAGGAAAAAUGCCAUAAUGAGUACCCAAAUUUCAAAUGGUAUUCAACACUUGUAUUUAUAGACUCUUUCCAGUUCACAUAUAAUACCAUUGGAUCUUCCAUCUUCAAGAGAGAAUCACUGCCACUAUUUUACAAGUGAUUCAAAGAUGUAAAAUAACUUGUUCAAGGUCAUAGCUAGGAAUUGUGGAAGCCUCGUAUCAUACGCAAUCUUCUUAUGCAAACCACGUGAUGUUUGAAAUGACCCGAUUUCCUAUCCAAAUGUCUUCAUGAACCAACAGCCAAGUCAACUGGUCUUUCAGGCACCUACUCUCUGAGCAGCAAUGUGUUAAGAGAGACAUAAUAGGAGUCAGAUAUCAGGUUUUACCCCUUAAGGAUAAAAGACUUAGAUAUUCACCCACUUUGAGAAACUACUUUUUCAUUAAUAUAUAAUUAGAUGGUAUAAUGCAGACACUAAGUGCUAUAGAAAUUCUCACAAAGAAAAUCAUACUUGAAAAUAACAUAAUUACUUAAAAUGUCAAAUCUCAGGCAAUGGCUACCCUAUUUCUUAAUUCCUGUUUAUAUUCAGAGACUAUUACCUUACCUAGAAAGAAUGUUAGACUAGGAAGACAUCGCCAUGAUCUUGUCAACUACCUUUGAGUAUUUGCUACAAAUUGAGUGCUGUCAGAUUGUAGCAGGUAUCCAGACAAUAUAAUUUCCACUCCCCGUGGCAUUUCCACUUUGUUAGGAACUACCACUGGAAGAUAUUUCCUGUAAUCAGAAGGAAAAAAAAAAAAAAAGGAGGUGGAACAUUUCUCUAUGUAAAGUCCUCAAAAUUACCUUUAAGUGAAUAAAACAAUAGCUGUGUUCUGGUUUGCAAUUAAUGAUUCCAA